AAUUGUAUUCCAUCUUAAUUGCAAUAUAUUCAACCUUUACCACGUAGGUAGGUGGAAUAAUUAAGCUAGAUGAGCGACGACGACGACCGUUGUUGGAAUGCAUUUUAUACCCUAAUUGUGGUUGCUGUUAUUGUUGUGAUAUGCUUUAUCGCGUUUGCUCCGGCCCUACGCAAUCACGACCUGAAGCCGCCGGAUUUCGCCGUCAUGAAUGCGCUCAUUCAAAAUGGUACAUUAAACGCCGCCGACGGCGCCACUCCUCUCUUCACCGGAACCUUCGACUUCACCCUCACAGCCAAAAACCCUAACAAACGCGGCACUACCCUUAUCUAUGCCUUCAACGCCACCCAAGUGAAAGUGGGUUUGGAGUACGACAUAUUUCUCAUUGAUGGAAGCGGUGCUUAUAACCGGCAACGUCUACGCCACGGCUACGUCGACCUCGCGUCCACCGCCGCCGCCAUGGUUCCGCCGUUCAACCAGACCGGCGGGAACGUCACUACUCUCCCGCUCUCUCUUCAGGCUAAUGGCGUGGCGCUUGACGGCAACGCCACCAUCACCAUCGAGGCACAAAAGAAUGCUUCGACCGCCAUCUUCGCGACCAUUGAGGUGAACGCUGUGAUUCUGAUUCAGAAGGGUGACUCCGAACCCAAACCUCGCGGGCUUCUUGUCAGAUGUGACGCUGUCUUCUCGUACAGUUCUUCCCCACAGCAGAGUAGUAAUGAUGACGAGCCGGACUGCAGAUCACACUUGUGCUCCGGUUCCAACUUCAACUGCACCGAUGAGUUUUAACAAUUGUGAUCUGCUUGUCUGAUCUCAUAUAUGUUUGGUUGUGUGUUUUUUAAUUUUCAAAAAUUGAUUUGGAUUGUUAAGUCUAGUCCGUUCUGAUUUUGUCAAUGACAACAUCUUUAAUUGUUGAGUUAAUUCUCUAUAUAAGGAAAAAAAAGUGACCCAAAAGUACAAAUAAGACUACAUGUUUUUUAUUCCCCUA